UUAUCGAUGUAUCGGUGUGAUGCACACCAAUCGAUAUGUGUGUGUGUGUGUGUGUGUGUGUGUGUCUUAUGUCUUUUGUCUCACGCUCGUUUCGUCGCGACUCGCACAGUACCGAAGUUCGAUUCCUCGUAUUAUUAUUCUAAAUGUAUUCCGACACGACUGAGCUCGACGGGGAGAACGAAGACGUCGCAUCUUGGUCGUCGGAGCGAACGAUCAAUGACAAUCGCAAUGACACGUCCAGCGUGCGCGAAUUCGGCGACUUCAUCGACAAUCACGGUUGGAUCCAGUGCCGGUCCAAGAGCUAUCCCGGCCGCGUAUAUUUUUAUAAUACGCACAGCGGCUGUAACACAUGGUACAGGCCCAUCUCGCGCUACACCGACAUCCCACUCAUCUCCAUUAAAAGGAUAUAUCAGCGAGAUGACGUAUCAGCGGACAAUAUAGAAUUGUUGUCAGUGUCGGACAACGAGAACGAGCCGGAUGUAUCGAGUGCCAAGUGCGAUGGCGAUAAAUCUUUGACGCCAGUUCCGGAUGUCAUCGCGCAAUAUUAUUACACACCCCAGGUGGACUCGGCCUCCGAUUCUGAUGACUCGUGCAAUUCAUCGGUCGAUGUGUUUGCGAGCGAAUGUCAUUACGAAAAAGAACAAAUUGAUAAGAACAACGACGAAAAUAUCGCAGACGAGAAGAGCGAUUCGGAAAUGAAUUACUCGGCGUUGUGCGCCACGAAUUUUCUCGAAACUGAAUUUUUCGUGGGAGAGAACGAUGUAAGCAUCAAAGAGACCAAUCGAAUAUUUGAUCCCUCGACGAUUGAUGACAUUUCUUCCGCGACCACGCAGUCUCCUUCGCGCUUCGUAUACGACGUUCCUCGCUUGAAGAGGAUCAGCUUCGAGGAUCAAUUGAUCAAACCGAGGAGAACUCGCGUUUCUAAACACGUCGCUCGAGGACCUAGGAAAAUCAUUUGCGAAAUGUACGGUGUAAGGACCAUCAAUUACGAUCUGCCUAUACCGGAUCAGGUGCGAGAGGAAGUGGGAGUGAAAACAUCGACGUUGAGCGAGAGCGAUAGCGAUGUAAGUGAACCACCAUUGCAAAAUGCGAAAACGUCGCUAUCGUUCGAGUCCGAGUGGCACGACAUAGAGAAGAACUUGCAUCAACCGUUACUGAGCGAUCCGAGUUCCAGUCCGUCGUCACGGUCCGAUACGAAUAGCUCUACUAAAAGUUGGAAGAGCACCAGUUCCACUUGCUCGUGCUCUACGUGUUCCUCGUGCACUACCUGUUCCUCAUGCGAGUAGAGUACAAAAAGUCUUGAACAAAAUAUUAAAUAUUUCAUUUCUUUACACAAUAUACAUGAGACAUGCAUACAUAAACAUAUAAUUGGACAUAUAAUGUUUUACUAUAUAUUGGACAGCAUUCUUUUUUAAUAAUGUUUUACUAUAUAUUGGACAAUAUUCUUUUCUAAUUGUUCGAUCACUUUAUUUUCAAUCAUGACUUAUUUUCAAUUUCUUUUUUAUUAUUUUUUGUCCUAUGUCUUGCAUGCCAAAGUAAUUAUAUUUUUAUUUUCAUAUUUUAGUUGUAUUAUUAUUUUGUUUUUAAAUUAAUUUGUAAGAUAUUAUUUUUUCUCUACACUUUUAAAAUUGUUGUAACGAAAGUGAAAGAAGCUUUAUUUACUUUGUUAAUUUGUUGCCUAUGAUAGUAUUGAUAUAAAAUUCUAUUCUGAAUUCUCGCACGAAUUUACUUGAAGUGUACAAUUUAUAAAAGAUUGACAAAACAAGUGUUUCUACAGGAUAUUCGAAAUAUUCUUUAGCAUCAUAUUCAAAUAAUAUAUUUGUACCAAUAGCGUGUAAAAAACAAUAUAAAAUAAAAUAUUUUAAUUUCAGAA